GACCCGUUACGGUUGAAAGGGUUUCAUUGGGGUCACUUAGCCAUGAAGCAAAAAUCUACGUAGUGUCAGUGUACUAGCAUAGUGCACAUAUCUAGGAUGUAUUAUGGAUGGAAGUUUGUUUUCGCCUCAUCUAUGUAUUCCAUGACUUUUAAUGGAUUUUACAUGAGCUGGGGUGUGUUUAACGCUGCUUUUGCAGGGGAUCCUGACUUGGGUGGAAGUCUUGCUGUAAUAGGUCUCAUUCCGAGCAUAAUGUACGCUUCUGCUGCACUUGUAUGUUUAUCCGCGAAAGAAGUGUCAGUAAUCAUCCCAAAGUUAAAGAUCAUAACGUUCGCAGCUGUACUGGUUCUAGGAUUGGUUUUGUCAUCCGUAGCGCCCUCUACGACAUUUCUUAUAUUUACACACGGCAUCAUGACUGGAUUUUCCAUUACUAUCAUUAGACUGGAGUACACCUUCAGGAUAGCGGAAUGGUUCCCUUGGGAUCACAGAUACCAUGUUUUGGCCACAAGUUUUAAUCGACUUGCUAUGGUUGCUGGCACGGUCGUCUAUGCUAAUCUUAUUGAAUGGCUGUUCCGAACGCUUGGCUGGAGAUAUGGCUAUCUUGUACUCGGCGGUUUUUUUCUUGUUUCUGUGUUAUUACCACUUGGAUCGUUCCAAAGGCCUGGCACUCAAGCAGGACCAGAAAAUCAAGAAGCAGACAAGAAGGUUUUUGGGUGUGGUCAGCAAAUUUGCAUACUGUCAAUGUGGUUUCUAAGUAAUGUUGCAAACGGAAUCGGGCAUAGCAACUCAACUGGAAUUUUGAUCAAGCACUUAGAAGACAUGGGUUUACCGUCCUAUGUGGCAGUUCGGUUUAUGACGACAGAGGCAGUUUGUAAUUUCUUUAGUCGUUUAGCCACAACCCUAGUUGGGGACCGUGUGAAGGGACAUAUAUUGAAGAUACACGCAGUUUUGGCGUUAAUCUUAGCGGCAAACAUGCUCUUGGGAUAUGCUGCCACGUCACCUACAGCGUUUAUACCGUAUAGUAUAGUUCUAGGUUUUGGUCAGGGUCCAUUAUUCUCUGCUAUGUAUGCGUCAUGCUCAGAAGUUACGUCUGGGCAAAACGUGCAACAAGUAUAUGUCAUCUGCAGUGGCGGUACAUACGUUGGAAUGUCCGUAGCGCCGUAUCUCUCAGGUGCUAUAUACGACUGGCAGAACUCCUACUCAUUGGUAUUUGUGAUAUUAGCAGUUGGGUAUUUUGUAUGUGGCCUUGCCAUGUUCGCUAUUGUAGUUAUAAAUAAAAUUUCCACGAAGACAUAACAUUCUGA